AUGGUAGCGCAGGGUACCUGUUGGAUGGACCGAACAGACGGGAGGGGGGAGAGAAGGAGGGGACCUACUGACCUAUUUCGCCGAUCCGACAAUGAUGAUGAUGAUGAUUGCUACGAAUUACGCGCAUCGCCUCAAAUUCAAUUGGGUAAAAUGGCAUUGCGCAAGGCCAAGGGCAACCCAUUCAUCCUUCUACCCCAUUUCUCAUCCUAUCUGAUCGUAUAA